GCAGUAAGUGAUUCAGCAGAACAGAGCGAAGCUGGUAGGGGAGGCGGCUGGUAAGUUGGUUUUGUUUGGAGGUGCUCCAGCUCAGGGUUCAGGUGCCCCUUGCGUGUUGCCCAGCCGUCAUUGUUGAUGCUGCUGUUUGGAAAAGGAAAGGUGUCUGGAUUUCAGCUCGGCUGGUGACUGGACUUUGGGAAAGACUCCGUUCCCAAGUCACAGGCAGCGGCUGCGUGAGUUUCUCGGUGGCAGGGCUUGCUUGCUGGGAGCAAAGGGAGCCAUCGGGAUUGUUCGUGUUCGGGAGUUGAGAGUGUUGGCCCAGCAAGAAGAGAGCUCACUGCUUCCUGCUUCUCAAGAUCAAGCCCCGGCAGAGCUCAAACCCCAUUUUCCAUAGGCUGAAUAAUAGUCACCUGAAAUCUUUAAGACAAGCAACAAGUAUUUAAGAGACCAAGGAUACAGUGUUAAGUUAAGAAUCCGAGGAGUACAGCUACUGUGGCAAGAGGCCAGCCUGCCUUGUUGAAGGAAAGUGGAAGCAUAGUACUAUCCAAACAUUCAAAAUGGUAAUGCAACAGUACCUCCUAACCUAUUCAGGAGUAGUGUUUGCUCUGUACCUUCAUCAUGUCAUCAGAGCCAUCGAAGUUCCCCUGGAUCUGUCUCAACCUCCCACGAUUACAGAGCAGUCUGUGAAGGACUAUAUUGUAGAUCCAAGGGAUAACAUCUUCAUUGAAUGUGAAGCCAAAGGGAACCCCGUUCCUACUUUUUCUUGGACACGGAAUGGGAAGUUCUUCAACGUGGCCAAGGACCCGAAGGUCUCGAUGCAGCGCAGGUCGGGGACACUGGUCAUCGACUUCCGUGGCGGUGGAAGGCCGGAGGAUUAUGAGGGGGAAUACCAGUGCUCUGCUCGAAACGAGUACGGGACAGCGCUCUCCAGCAAAAUCCUCCUGCAGGUUUCCAGGUCUCCCUUGUGGCCAAAGGAACAUUUGGACCUCGUAGAGAUCGAUGAAGGAUCCCCACUGACUUUAAAAUGCAACCCACCCCCUGGGCUGCCGCCUCCUGUUAUCUUCUGGAUGAGCAGCUCCAUGGAGCCAAUCCACCAAGACAAGCGCGUCUCCCAGGGCCAGAACGGCGACUUAUACUUCUCCAACGUUAUGCUGCAGGAUGCCCAAACUGACUACAGCUGUAAUGCGCGCUUCCACUUCACCCACACCAUCCAGCAGAAAAACCCUUACACGCUCAAGGUCCAAACCAAGAAUCCCCAUAAUGAAACGUCUUUUCGAAAUCACACUGACAUGUACAGUGCCCGAGGGGUUAUGGAAACGACCCCCAGCUUCAUGUAUCCCUACGGGACCUCAAGCAACCAGAUAGUGCUGAGAGGGGUGGACCUCUUACUCGAGUGCAUUGCUUCAGGAGUACCAGCACCAGACAUCAUGUGGUACAAGAAAGGAGGAGAGCUCCCAACGGACAAAACCAAGUUGGAAAAUUUUAACAAGGCCCUUCGCAUCACGAACGUCUCUGAGGAAGACUCUGGAGAAUACUUCUGCUUAGCGUCCAACAAAAUGGGCAGCAUCCGUCACACUAUCUCAGUGAGAGUGAAGGCGGCCCCUUACUGGUUGGACGAACCACAAAACCUUAUUUUGGCCCCUGGUGAAGAUGGUAGACUCGUGUGUCGAGCCAACGGGAACCCGAAGCCUACAAUCCAGUGGUUGGUGAAUGGAGAGCCCAUAGAAUCUGCUCCUCCCAACCCAAGUCGGGAAGUGGCCGGAGACACCAUUGUAUUUCGGGAUACCCAGAUUGGCAGCAGUGCCGUGUACCAAUGUAAUGCUUCCAACGAACAUGGCUACCUUCUGGCUAACGCCUUCGUCAGCGUUCUGGAUGUGCCUCCCCGGAUUCUUGCCCCACGGAACCAGCUGAUCAAAGUGAUUCAGUAUAACAGGACCCUCCUUGACUGCCCAUUCUUUGGCUCCCCGAUUCCCACUCUGCGCUGGUUUAAGAAUGGUCAGGGAAGCGCCCUGGAUGGAGAGAACUACCAGAGGCAUGAAAAUGGGAGCUUGGAAAUAAACAUGGCUCGGAAGGAGGACCAGGGAAUCUACACCUGCGUCGCCACCAACAUUCUGGGUAAAGCAGAGAACCAGGUUCGUUUGGAGAUCAAAGACCCAACUAGGAUCGUGAGAGGGCCAGAAGAUCUGAUUGUAAAGAGGGGCUCCAUGGUUCGAUUAGACUGCCGUAUAAAACAUGACUCUACGCUGAAACUCACAGUCACCUGGCUGAAAGAUGAUACACCUCUGUACAUUGGAAACAGGAUGAAGAAGGAAGAUGACGGUUUGAUAAUCUAUGGUGUGGCUGAAAAAGAUCAAGGAGAUUAUACAUGUGUAGCCAGUACUGAACUGGACAAAGACUCCGCCAAAGCAUUCCUCACCGUGCUAGAACGACCUGAGCGGCCUCGUGACCUGGAGCUGACAGACCUGGCAGAAAGGAGUGUGCGCUUGACAUGGAUACCUGGUGAUGACAAUAACAGCCCAAUCACAGAUUAUGUGGUUCAGUUUGAAGAGGACAAGUUCCAGCCUGGGUCAUGGUAUAACCAUUCCCGUUAUCCAGGGAGCGUUAACUCAGCUGUUCUGCGCCUCUCACCCUAUGUCAACUACCAGUUCCGAGUGAUCGCUGUGAACGAAGUUGGGAGCAGCCUGCCCAGCCUUCCCUCUGAACGAUACCAUACUAUUGGGGCAAGUCCAGAAAUCAACCCAACAGGAGUUCGAGGAGCAGGGACUCAAAAAAACAACAUGGAGAUAACUUGGACUCCGCUGAAUGCAACCCAAGCUUAUGGGCCCAACCUCAGGUACAUAGUCAACUGGAGGCAAAGGGAUACGCGGGAGAGCUGGAGCAACGAGACGGUGAGAACCACAAGGCAUGUUGUCUGGAAUACACCCAUCUAUGUGCCCUAUGAGAUCAAAGUGCAGGCAGAGAACGACUUCGGGAGAGCUCCAGAGCCUGACGUCAUCAUCGGCUACUCAGGGGAAGAUUAUCCCAAGGCUGCCCCCACUGAUAUUAGGCUAAAAGUUCUAAACAGCACAGCAGUCAGUCUCCAAUGGAGCCGAGUAUACCCGGAUACCAUCCAGGGACAACUUAAGGAAUACAGAGCCUAUUUCUGGAGAGAAAGUAGUUUGCUGAAGAACCUGUGGGUCUCCAAAAAAAGGCAGUCUGUGGGUUUUGUUGGAGACCGACCACGGGGCAUAGUGUCCCGGCUGUUUCCUUACAGCAACUACAAACUGGAGAUGGUUGUAGUCAACGGGAGAGGAGAUGGGCCUCGGAGUGAAAUUAAGGAGUUCACAACACCUGAAGGAGUACCCAGUGCCCCCAGGUAUAUCAGAAUCCGACAGCCUAACCUGGAAACCAUCACUUUGGAAUGGGACCACCCUGAACACCCCAAUGGAAUUCUCACUGGAUACAACCUUAGAUACCAAGCCUUUAAUGGAUCCAAAACGGGCAGAACACUGGUAGAGACCUUCUCCCCAAACCAAACAAGGUUUACGCUCAAGAGGACAGACCCCAUCUCGCGCUAUAGAUUCUUCCUGCGUGCUAGGACACAGGUGGGAGACGGAGAAUCCAUUGUGGAAGAGUCGCCAGCGCCGCUGAAUGAAGCCACUCCAACCCCAGCUGCACCCUCGUUGCCUACAACUACAGUCAGUCUAACCAGCACUACAACCAUCGCCACAACCACCAUCACCACCGCUGCCACAACCACGACAACCGUCUCCGGCACUGCAGCCACUACGCAGAGUGCUCCAACAGCCACCACUAAGCGGGAGUUUGCCACGAAUGGAUCAUCCAUAUGGAACGUAAAAGCUUUCACUAACAGUAACUGGGCAAACAUCACCUGGAGCCACAAUUUUUCUGCUGGAACUGACUUUGUGGUUGAGUAUAUCACCAGUAACAAUACAGUGAGAUCUAUCCCUGUUAAAGCUCAGACCCCUUCCUCCGUGCAGCUGGCUGACCUUACCCCCGGGAUGACGUACCAGUUGUGGGUUUUUCCCAAAUGGUCUAGCCCCAGCAAAACCUCUUACAUAACCUUUACGACAAGCUCAGCUUAUACCAAGAACCACGUGGACAUUGCAACCCAGGGCUGGUUUAUUGGGCUGAUGUGUGCCAUUGCGCUUCUGGUUCUGAUUUUGUUGAUAGUGUGCUUCAUUAAGAGAAGCAGAGGCGGGAAAUAUCCAGUGCGUGAAAAAGUUGAAGUCCUAGAUCAUGAAGACCACAAAGUCGAUGAUCCGUCAUUUGACUACAGGUCUCUUGAAAGCGAUGAAGACAACAAGGAACCGCCAGGCAGCCACACCUCCUUGGACGGCACAAUAAAGCAGGAAAGCGACGAUAGCUUGGUGGAUUAUGGAGAGGGGGGCGAAGGGCAGUUCAACGAGGAUGGCUCCUUUAUCGGCCAAUACACAGUCAAGAAGGACAAGGAGGAGACAGAAGGCAACGAGAGUUCAGAAGCCACAUCCCCCGUCAAUGCUAUCUACUCCCUUGCGUAACAAAAUACAAUGAAACCACAACGACAAAUAUAUACAUAGCCGUGGUGGUCAAACCGCCGCCGCCGCCAACAGGAACCCGAGUAUGGAAAAAAAAAAAAAAACCCCAACAAAAAAAGAUCAAACAAAACCAGAACAGUCCAGGUGGUCACAGUGCCAUCCUAUCCUGAGCAAACAAGUGAACGGCAAGGAUUUAUGGGGUGCUAAUGUGUUGUAGCUGUAGCUGAAAUCUGAGCUGAACCAAAGGGGCCAGAGAAAGAGCAGGACACACAGGUUCUACACCCCGGGCUUCAGAACUUGGACCGCCAACCCCUCCCCAUGUCUUCUUUUUUAGAUAACACAGCACUCUCUUUGGUUAGUCGUUUACACUGCUGAGGUUUCUGGUUUUUUUCCUUUUUAGGUUCAAAAUUAUUUUUUGGAGAAAGGUCCCAAAUCAGAGAAAGGGGGAUUGGGGCAUGAACCCACACAAGGAAGCAGGAGGGGUCCAUCAGCUAGGAAUAGAAACAACACAUUACUGUAUUAACAGGAUGUUCUGUGUGACUGUAGUUGAGAUGGACGUCUUUACAGCCAGCACCUCGCUCAUAACACCGCCAAAACAAGUCAGCACCACAAAGACCCUUCCUGUAAGGUGAAGCAGCAUUGCGCUGAACCCCAGAGGAAGACUUUGCUCAUGAGGUUUUCAUUGGUGCGGUUGGAUUUGUGUUAUACCUCUUAUUAAUGCUAAACAUCCACAUUGGGUUCUGUCACCAAGGAACCAAUGGGUGAGGUUACCCUGCAUCCAUGCUACUUAGCAAAGUUUUUUUGUUUUUUUUUAAGGGAUGUUGGGGAAGAAAUUUAGGACUUGAUUAAAGACAGACAGAUGCAGCUCACCACCUGACUCCAAGUGACUGCUAGCCACUGGAUAAUUAUGUGGGAGACUCUUAUUUUAUUCUUUAUUUUAUAAGAGAAAAAUAUAACCCCACUACUUUUAAGGAAGAACCCAUAAAUCAGUGGAAAGCAAAGAGGAAGGACAAGUAUUAACAUACGAAAAAGGGACUAAGGGUUGAUAUCAUAUAUCCAAUCAUGAAAAGAUGGCACCUAACAGCCGUGGGGGGUGGGUAAAAGAACAAAUUAUAUUAACCCAGAAUUGCAGCUGCUGCUAAGCUCCUUGAAAGUUUCAGGGAUGCCCAGGCCUGUAAAUGGCAAAGACACAGGACAUGGAAUCUCCUUCCACAUUAUUCUGAUCAAUAGGGUGUCAUUCAAUUUGUUCUCAGUUAAAAAUCUCCUCUUAGCCUGGUGCAGCGGCCUUUUCCCCUUCGAUCAAUCACCCCACAGGAGAAAUUACCAUGUGCUUAAGGCUGCAUGUGGAACUCUCACCCAUUUUGUUAUUUACAUAUCAAGACAACUCAGUUCAGCUAACCUGCUAAUACGCUGUAAUAACAUGUCUUUAUAGGAAGUUCUAUCAUUACAAUGCUCUUCCAUAUGCCUUAUACAGCUUCAAACUUCCCCUGAAGUUUAAUAAACUAAGAAUAUUCACCCACA